GUUGACUUCUGCUAGAAACAAGUUGCUGUCAUACUUUUUUUUGUGUCAACUCAUGUUACAGACGAAACAGCAGAGUUGGAAAAUAGUUCGUCUGCAUUUUAAUCUUCAUGUAAUAUUGACAGACAACCAACCACGGAGUUUGCGUUGUGUGAAGACGUCUGCUGGUAUUAUACUUCAUUUUUUACAAAACAAAAGCGGAAAUUGAAAUUGGACUUGACCCAGUUCUCAUCUAGAAGAUCAUAAAUCCCAAGUCCUAAUUGAUCCAGCAAGCAGGCGUUGAACCGAAGCAACAUUUAGGAACAAGUGCAUUGCUGCAAGACCCGGUGAACUAUGGGAUCUUUUUGGGGUCACGUGGACGAGGGUUUGUUCUUCAUCGUCAUCGCCUUCUGGUGGAUGGUUCACGCAUUUAGAGAGUACAUAGUGGCCGAAAGUCAAGGAAGGUCUAUGAGGCCAAAUAUCCACUAUGACGUUGUCAUCAAGAGGCCAUUACCCAUUGAAAUCGUAUUCAAGAUUUUGUUCCCAAUUGUAGGAUUUCUCGGGGAGUUCUUUGAUGGCGGAGUUAGAUUUCAAGAUGCUAAUGGCAACUUCGUCAAAUUGAUCUACCAACAACACAUGACCAUAUAUGGUAUCUUUAUCAUCCACGGCAUCACUGACCUGAUGGCUUGGUUCAAGGCUCCGAUCAUACCAAACUUUAACUAUAUGACAGCAUUUCUGUCCUUCAUGUGGUAUGGUGUGGCUUUCUAUUACCACGCCAGCAUGCAUGGCAAGGAGCCAGUGGAGACCAUCGUCCACAUCCUGCCCAUCUACGUCAUGUUCUUCAUUAGUGCAGCCAUCCUCCUGGAGAUCAAAUGGAGAGAAGGAGUCUGGACAAUGGCCGUGCGAGCGUACGGGGUACUCACUCUAGGCACUUGGUUCUCUCACGUGGCCUUCAUGUUGUACGUGCAUGACAGAUUCCCAGGUGGCGAGGAAUCAAAUUUGGACAGAAAUGACCCAAACAAUGUUGUCUAUGUCAAGGCCAUGUUUGGACUUCAUCUCCUGGCUAAUUUGGUCAUCAGCUUUCUACUGUACGGCCUUGUCUACGUAACUCUCAAGUUUCGAUUGAAAAUUUCCAUCCAGAUGCCCAAAUACGGGCUGGAGUCCGAGAAACUCUUCCUCUUUAAGCCCAAACAUUACAAGCGGCUCAAGACGAACAGUUCAGAAGUCAAAGGGCAUGACACAAGCUCAGAGGACAGUUCACUUCUGAUGACCCAUGAGGGUCAAGCUGUCUAGUCGUGCCACACGUCAGUGACAAUACCACAUGGCUUAUGUCAUCAACUUUCUCUGUCGCUUCAGAACUUAACUCCACCCACUUUUAAUGGCCACCGGUCAUUGCGAGCUGUUUGACUUGUCAAGUUGAUGUAAACUACGUCAUUCAUCGGUCCGGUUUCAUUGUCAUGUAAUAGACCUCGGACUUGAAGGCGAAUAUUAUAAUUUGUCUUUGGAGCAUUUCUUUAAAAUUCAAACGAUGAAUCGGAAUAAGUUUUAACAAAGUCAUCUAUGUCAAAAUUCUGUUGCAUUCUGAAAGAUUUGUUCCAUUUACUUUUAUAGUCAUUUACCUUUUUUUUUUUAGUAUUCUAUUCUUAUUAAGAAAAAUUUAUUUUUAAUCAAAUUCAACACAUUUCGAAUCAAAGUGGAUUUUUCUACUACAGUUUCCAUACAUCAGAUUGAGUGUAAAUUCAUAUUGAAUAUGUGUAAAUUCCUCUUUAAACAAACAAACAAAAAACAACAACAUAAUCUUGGUGACUGUAUGUGAACUUGUCAAAGUUAUUUAAAAUAUUAUAAUGACGUGCAAGGGUCGUAGUCUAUUUUAUUUUUAGCAUAGAAAAUGUAAAACCAAUGAAAUAUGUUAGCAAUGUUAUGACAAAAUUUAUAGUCUAAUAUUGGAUUAAAAGUUUGUUUUAAAUAAUUAUUUGUGUUGAAUGCAUUAUAAAUGAGUCAAUCCUGACCUGACUAAAUGACUUUUAAACGCAAAGAAAAUAUGCCACGUAAUGGAAUCCACAUUUAUUGCAAAUACUUUUAGAUUUGAAAGAUAAUUCUAUAUAUAUCAAAACUAUAUUCACAUAAGUAUAUAUGUAUAAUUGCAUAUAUUUAUAUGAUGUGUGUGUGUGUGUAUUUACUUGGUAAAUUGAAACUGUAUCAUCUUGUAUAGCGUAAUCAACUUAAGGGAGGCAACUCAACGAGACAAGAAGAAGAAAGCUCAAUGUUUACUGACGCUGAAGAAUGCUGUGACACAAUGGUCAUAAACAGCGACUGUCAAGCCUUUGGGGUUCACACUUUGUUUGGUUCUUAGUUUCCCCUUCCCCCUUGCCAGACCAUUACUCUGGUAAUCCCUGAUGGUGCAGCAUCAACACAUUGCUCAGUGUCGCUCCAGGUCCACACACUAGUUAUCAGGCAGGACGAAGAAGUCGUCUCUGAUUCCUUCUUAUCGCUUCAGGCAGAUGUCAUCUAGAUCUCUAAGCAGCCAUGUUUUCUCCCCGUGUUGAAUAGUGCGCUGUUGUGCACCUUACGCACCACUGCAGUGACAUGGUUAUUAAACUAUUUUAGAAUUGUACAUUUUCUUUGUCACUACCUUGGGGUAGAGUUUUGACACGCAUUUAACUAUAGUGACACUGGUAUACGAUUUUCAAAAGUUGUCAUUUUACGAUAAUAUUUUUUAUUGUGAUUAUUUCAUUUUGUGACUGUAUAACCUUUUGUCUCUGUUUCUACAUAUCUGAGAAUGUAUUUUUUUAAAUCUGAGUUAAUUGUCCAUUAAAACUCGUGAUAAAAUGUG